GUUUAAGAUAAAAUUUAGAUAUACCUAUUUAUUUAUUUAAUUCGUGGUUAUUAAAUAAUUCAUUAAUAAUUCUAUUUUAAUAGAUUUAUAUCUUUUGUAGUAAUAAUUAUUAUUUUGUACUUACAUAGGUCGUUACAUAACUCAAGACUGUAGUUACGAGCAGCUAUGAGUACCCAUUAUAAAUUUCUAUUUUUUUGUUUUGAAAAUAUGAAAUUCGUAGUGUACUAUAUAAGUCAUAAACCAUAACUCAAUAACUGAAUUCAAUGCGUCCAAAAUUAUUUUUAAUUUCGUUCUGGCGGCUGCCUAUUAAAUUCCAUCUGUAACUAUAUUAAAAAAUUAACUAUGUUUAUUAUUUUGUGUUUUCAUUUUCAAUGAGCUUAAUACCAUAAUAAUGUUCCAUUUGUUUUAUUUAACGAGACUGAAGACUGUUUUUGAAUUGACCAAACACAAAUUAAAUGAAUAUAUUUAUUAUUAUUUGGUAUUGCUUCUUGUUUCUACUACAAUUUAUAAUGAAUGGUUUGUAUACUCGCUGUAUGCAAAUAAAUGGCCAACAUUAUACUGUGGUAAUGAGAAGUUUUGUAAAACCAUCUUACUAGUUGCUGAUCCACAAAUAUUAGGGGAAGAAAGAGAAAAUGUAAUAACACGCUGGGAUAGCGAUCGAUAUUUAUUCAAUACAUAUGGUCGAGCAUUGCAGCAUGUUAACCCUGAUAAUGUUAUAUUUAUGGGUGAUUUAAUAGAUGAAGGAUCAUUAGCUGAUCAAAAGACUUUUGAACGUUAUUUACAUAGAUUUAGUAAAAUAUUUUUUUUAAAAAAUACAGUUCCCCUUGCAUCUAAAAAUGUGAUUUUUAUCCCAGGUGAUAAUGAUAUUGGUGGCGAUGAAGAAAUUGUAAUCCGAGAAAAAGUUGAUAGAUUUCAUCUUUACUUUGGUUCGCCUGGAGUAAUUGAAAAUGAAAAGAUAGAAUUUAUCAUGGUAAAUCAACUGAUAGAUUCAAUGCCAAAAAAUAUCAAUCCUACAAAUCGAACAAAUACUGUAAAAAUUAUGUUUUCACAUAUUCCUUUGACAACAAAAUGGACAAAAUUCACAGAUAAAGUUAUUAAUGAGUUCAAGAGCGAAUUCAUAUUCUCAGCUCAUGAUCACUCUUCUUUUAAUUUUAUUAGUGACAUUAAAAAAAGAACACACACAUAUGUUCAAAGGCUUGGACAUAACAGCUUUGAUGAAAUGUCCAGGGCUCAAUGGAGGUUUGGACAACAAUCACCAAAUUCAGUCAGUGAAAUAAUUGUGCCAACCUGCUCCUAUAGAAUGGGAUCAAAUAAUAUAGGAUAUGGUGUAUUAACAAUUGAUACAUUCAGACACUCGGUCACAUACACUAUUUUAUGGCUUCCAUCAAGAUUUGCUUGUCUUUAUGUAUACUUGUAUGUUUUAGUGUUAUGUAUUAUUUUGUACUUCUUACAUUUAAUUACCAGAAAUAGCAAAACAAUCAUAUACAGGGUUAUGUAAACAAAUUAAUGCGCACAUCUUGCAUUUUAUUAUAAUAUUGAUACACAAUUUAUGUCAGCUGUAUAUGUGGUGAUUUUUUCAAAGAACAUAACUAUGUAUUUCAAAAUAUUCUUGACUAAAUAACAGAAUGCACAAAAAUAUAUUCUUACAUUAAUUUUUUUUAUAUUUCAUAUAAUAUGUGACAUUUUCACUUAUUUUUUGUUUCUUGUCUCAUUAAAAUAUUCAUUAGAUCAUUUUUAUGACAAUCUUUUAUCAACAAAUUAUGUAUGUAUGAUUUCAUUUUUUAUUACUAAAACCAAUUGUAUAUAAUAUUAUAAAUUAUAACUGUUGUUUUAAUUAAACCAUCAUCAUUAAAAUUUGUACAAAGGAAUAACAAUUUUUCAGAACUAAAAAAAAACAUUAUAAUUAAUUAAGGUACUUACGGUCUGGGAAAACUGGGGUCGACUAAAGUUAUAUUAAUAAAUCUAAUUAAAGAUAGAAAUCAAUUAUAUCAUUGAUAGAUAACUGACCUAAACUUAUUCAGUAUCAGUCCGUCAGUAUGCAAAUUUAUGAAUAUGUCCAAUUCAACAUUUCUUACUUAUUUGCAAACAGCAAAAAUGAUCUCCCCAUGAAUCCUCUACUGAUAUUAAGUAAUACGUAUAAAAUAAAAUAACUUGUUUCAAAACAUUAAAUGGUUGACCAUGUUAAAUUGCUCAAAUAUACCAUUUAUACCGAA